ACAAAAUCUCUCUGGAGCUGCAGAUGUUCUUUCUCAUCUCCUAUAAGACACACCCAGGAUGCCAGCCAGCAUGACAGAGAUUUGAUGGAGAUUUGAAGGCCCCAAGGAAGGAAUAACCCACUAGAAUAGUGACCUGAUGAAAAAUGCUUAUGUUCAAAAGCUUGUCUAACUUAAUCCAGACCAUGAAAAAGGUCCAAUAAAAGAUAUCACCCACAAAAAUCCUUGCUUAUCACUAGAAGAGUGAAAGGAAAAACCCAGCUGCACCUCAUGGAGGAAGCAGGAGGAGACAAUCACACAUCUAUCACAGAAUUCCUCCUUCUAGGAUUUGGGACCAUUCCACAGCUACAGAUUUUUCUCUUCCUGCUGUUUCUAGUGAUCUAUACAUCGACCGUGACCGGGAACAUCCUCAUCAUUGUGCUUGUUGUUGCUGAUCCGCACCUUCAUACUCCCAUGUACUUCUUCCUGGGAAACUUGUCGUACUUGGAGACUUGCUACACCUCCACUGUCCUGCCCAGGAUGCUGGCCAGUCUCCUGACAGGGGACAGAACCAUUUCUGUUAGUGGCUGCGUUACACAAUUUUAUUUUUUUGCAAGCCUGGCAGGUACAGAGUGUUGUCUCCUAGCUGCAAUGUCUUAUGAUAGGUAUUUAGCAAUUUGUAAACCACUGCUCUAUGCAAUGUUAAUGAAUGGCAGAGUCUGUCUACUGCUAGCAACUGGAUCUUGGCUAGGGGGAUUGCUGGUUUCUACAUUAUUAAUAAGUUUUAUGUCACAAUUAACUUUCUGCGGGCACAAUGAGAUUGACCACUUCUUUUGUGACUUCACUCCAGUGAUACAGCUCUCCUGCAGUGAUACGAGGCUGGUCAUUCUUAUUAGUUUUAUAACUUCCUUCUUUGCUGCCCUUUCCCCAUUUCUCUUAACUCUGGCGUCUUACAUUUGUAUCAUAGAUGCCAUUCUGAGAAUCCCUUCUGGGAGGGGAAGACAAAAGGCAUUUGCUACCUGCUCCUCCCACCUCAUUGUAGUAACAAUUUUUUAUGGGACCAUAUUGAUUGUAUAUUUCUUACCAAAAAACAACAUGCUGAGAUACUUGAACAAAGCAUUUUCUGUUUUCUACACAAUCCUUACACCCCUGAUCAAUCCCCUUAUCUACAGUCUGAGGAACAGAGAAGUGAAAGAGGGCCUGAGAAAAGUUGUCAGCAAAUUUAGGAUCCUGGGAAUUCAAACUACCCGGCUGAUAUGAGGAUAAGUGAAAGAAACAGUAAUUGUGCGGUUUGGGUUUUGAAGAGUCUUCUGCACAAGGGUUGUAUCUUUACGUUUAUAAAAGGUGAACCUGGCUGAAAGGCAGUAUAUUCUUGUAAACAGUUAAAACUUUAUCUUUCCUUCCCCUCUUUUAGGUGGAACAUUCUGAAUAUGAACACCCCCCCCACACACACACA